UUUACCUGGGGUAGUAAGGAAAGUUUCUGUGUUAAGAUUUCCAGAAAAAUGCUCAGUGUAUUUAGGUUAAUCUGGCAGUAUGUUGAGUUUAGCUGUGGUGAACAGGAUCAGCUUCUUUAACUAGUCUCUGUGCUGUGAUCCACCUCGUUUGUUAUUUCUAAGCACAUCAUGAGAGAGUGCAGAAGGAGGAAGAGUGAUUGUAGAAGUUGAUGACAAAGUAGCAACAGUAAGAAAUAUAAAGGCUGACAGUAGGCUUGAUGGCACUUGGGACUCAAGAGAAAAGACUGUGGCCUUCAGUUUUGAUUACUGCUAUUGGUCAGUUGAUCCUGAAGACCCAAAAUAUGCAUCUCAGGAAAUGGUGUUCCAGGACCUUGGCACUUCUGUGUUGUCAGGUGCAUUUAGAGGAUACAACAUCUGCCUUUUUGCAUAUGGACAAACAGGCUCAGGAAAAACUUACACAAUGAUGGGAACACCUGCAUCCAUUGGGCUGACACCUCGUAUAUGUGAGGGCCUCUUUUCAAGGAAAGAUGAUUACUCAGACCAGACAGCAUCUUGCAGAGUAAAGGUCAGUUUUCUAGAAAUAUAUAAUGAGCGCGUCCGAGAUUUGCUAAAACAGUCAGACCACAAGAAACCUUACACACUCAGAGUCAGAGAACACCCUGAAACAGGACCAUAUGUACAAGGAUUAUCUCAACAUUUAGUUACAGACUACAAGCAAGUUGUAGAACUUCUUGAAGAGGGAAUAGCUAAAAGAAUCACAGCAGCUACACAUAUCCACAAUGCCAGCAGCAGAUCUCAUGCUAUCUUCACCAUCCACUAUACUCAGGCUAUAUUGGAGAACAAUCUCCCCUCUGAAAUUGCAAGCAAGAUCAACUUAGUGGACCUUGCAGGCAGUGAAAGAGCCGAUCCCAGCUACUGUAAAGAUCGAAUUACAGAAGGUGCCAAUAUUAAUAAGUCAUUGGUUACACUUGGAAUUGUCAUCUCCACUUUAGCACAAAAUUCACAGAUGUUCAGCAGCUGCCAGAGCAUAAACACCCUAACAAGUGAAGGGGAGAGCAGUCAUGUGGACAGCCCUUCCACGGGCAGUGUCAGUGGGACCAGACGGCCAGCUUACAUCCCAUACCGUGACUCCAUCCUCACCUGGCUUCUGAAGGACAGUCUGGGGGGCAAUUCCAAGACCAUUAUGAUUGCCACUAUUUCUCCUGCCAGUUCCAGCUACAACGAGACCAUGAGUACCUUGAGAUAUGCUUCAAAUGCCAAAAAUAUUAUUAACAAGCCCAGAGUGAAUGAGGAUGCAAAUGUAAGACUGAUUAGAGAACUGAGAGAAGAAAUUGACAGAUUGAAAACUAUGCUGAUAAGCUUUGAACUGAGGAAUUCCAGUCCUUCUUGGAGCGAUGACAGGGAUGGAAAUCUUACCGAGCUGGUUCUUCAGAAUGAGAUGAAGAUUGAGCAACUGACCAAAGACUGGACAAGUAAGUGGAUGGACAGGAAGGCCAUCAUGAAAGAAUACAGUGUGGACAUCAACAAAGAAAAAGCUGGAGUAACAAUAGAUUCCAGUUUACCUCAUCUAAUGGCCAUGGAUGAUGAUAUCCUCAGCACAGGAGUGGUGCUAUAUCAUCUCAGGGAAGGAACAACCAAAAUUGGAAGGAGUGAUUCAGACCAAGAUCAAGACAUUGUUUUGCAGGGGCGUUGGAUUGAAAAGGACCAUUGUGUUAUAGACAACAUCUGUGGGAUUGUAACCUUACGACCAGUUCAAGGCGCACACUGCACUGUGAACGGAUGCGAAGUCACUGGAUCAUGUCGUCUAUCACAAGGGGCCCUUGUUGUCCUUGGCAAGUCUCAUAAGUUUAGAUUCAAUCACCCAGCAGAAGCUGCUGUCUUAAGGCAAAGAAGAUCAAUUAAUGAUAUCCCACCCAUUCUGAGCUGCAGAGCUUUGGACUGGCUCAACUUAGAUGGAAGUUGCACCCAUUCUCCUCAUUACAUCCUUUCUUCCCUUGAAAAUCAAAAAUGUAGAAACUGUAAAGAAAACAAAUGGUCUCCUGAAAUAAGCAGAGAGAUAGAUGCUGUGCAUGAAGAGUACCAGCAGAAACUGAGAGACCAGGAAGCUUUCCACAGGAAACAAAUUCAACGGCAGCAACUCUAUGUUGAGGAUUUAAAGCAGCAGAUCCUCAGAGGACAGAUCAAAGCAGAGCAGGAACUAGAAAAUGACCAAGCACUCAUCAACCAGCAGAUCCAAGAAAACCAACAGUGGCUUAUAAAUGAGAAUAACCGACUAGCUGCCCUUCAGCAACAACAGAGGGAGUUUGCAGUGCAAACAGAAUCUACACUGUAUGCAGAGGCUGAGGUGCAGAGUAGCAUUGGGCAGGAAAUCUGUCCUUCCCUGCUGCAGCAGAACAAGAAAACACUGGUGCAGCUGGAGCUCUUGAGAAGGUACUCCUUAAAAAAGGCAGAAAGAAACAUUAGACGGAAAAAGGUCAAAUUCCAGCUGGAAAGGAUAGUCAAGAAGCAGAAAUUAUUGGAAGCCAAACAAAAUCUAGAGCAGCUAGAAGCUAGCUGCUGGCUCAGUGAAGUGUGUGUGAAACAACCCCGAGUCCUAAACCAAAAUAUUGCAGUACAGGCCUCUCGGGAUCACCCGUUACAAAAGAGGAGGAGGUCAUUGGGUUCAAGUUCCUUGCAACACAGGCAGCAUUCGUUCUGUAACUUCCAUCUGCCCCGGGUACCCAGCUGUUUGUUGAAGGGGGAGACUAUCUCAAAGUUAUCUACCUCACCAAAUACCGACCAAUGCUGUGAAGGCAAUACAUCUGAGAAGUUGUCAUCUGUAGAACAUCCUUUCAGAAAAGUUAAAGAUGUUUCCAGGGAUGAUGACCUUAAUGAUGAAAAAGGUACCUCCUUUUUAGUACAGAAGCAGCUAACUGAAAAACAAAAAGCAUCCUCAUUUAGAAGUAAAAAAGGAGCAGAAAGGGACUCUAAUGAUUCAGCUAUCAUGGCUCAUAUCAAUAAAAAUGAUCAAAAAAUGGAAAAGCUGAAUGAUAGCACAGGGCAAGCUGGAUGUCAAAAUCAGACUUCUAAGGGCUCUUCUCCCGAUCAUUUUAAGGAGAAAGAUGAACCUCAAACCUUCAUUACAGUGACAAGAAUGACAAAAGCGAAGGUGCCGGGAGAUUUGAGUCAGCCUGCAAAUAGCUAUCUAGAACAAAACAGAGCUCAGGUAUCCAAUAAAAAGACUAGAAUGGAUAUCAACGGGAAGGGCCAUAAUUCUCCAGAAAAUUUUGCUAAAGAAAUGAAGAAAGACGUAGUGUACGGAAACCUGCCAUCAGCACAUCUAAACCAAACAGCCAAGAAUCUGAAGAGAGAACCAACCUCAGCCUUGCGAAAUCAUGAGAAAUCGUCAGUGGAACAGCAGGAAUUUCUGAUGGUAGCAACAUCAGUUGGAAAUCUCACUAAGAUAAACACACAGACACCACUUUCUUAUGCUGAAAAGAAAUGGCACAGUGCUGAGCUGUUAAGUGCUGGAGUGUCCAAAACAGCCACAGAUAUGCUGGGGAACUGGCAAGAAGAUGAUGAAAAUGAGAUUUCUGAUACUGACAGUUCCUAUUCUGUAGAUUCGCUCUCCUGUGCUUAUGCAAAAGCUUUUGCAGAGAAACUGAAACAAGAAGAUUUCAGCAGAAAUAAAUGUUUUGCCAACCCAGAAGAUUCUGAGAGCGAUGACAGUCAAAUGUCACAAGACUCUCUGGUAGAAAAGGAAAAUAAAGUCAAAAUGCGAAAUAAAAGCCAGUUUCACAAGUUAAAGGCUCCCCAUCAGCCAGCUAGGCUUUACAAAAGCAGAACUGAACACCAUCUUUCAUCUCUGGUGACAUCCUACGCAUCACACAGGAGGCUGGGAAGGGCCGAAAGAAGCUUUUCUCUGGACAGCUUGGGUGAUGGAGAAGAGGUACCAGCAGAAGACCCAGUAGAAGAAUCCAAAUCUGAUUCAUCUGAUGAAGUGCCAGCAGAGAUUUUUUGGAAGUUACAAACUCCAACAUCACCAACUAUACAGACUGAGGAAGACUGUGAGUCCAGAAACUGUGAUAGAGAUACAGAAGGAACAAGGUACAACCUAAAGCUGAGUAGUUCCUUCUACUUGGACACUAAAUCACAGCCUGCUUCCAGUAAUGCUUGCAAGCAGUUUCUGAAGGAGGCAACAGUCUCUUUUGUACAACAAGAAAGGUCAAUUGAUAGGCAGCUAUAUUAUGGUCUUCCUGUGGCUGCUCAGUCUUCCUGUGACUCAAAGGUUGAAAUUGGCAGCCCCAGAAUAACAGUACCUUCUUCCCAUGGAAAUCUGGAAUUUCAAAACGCUCAUCUCUACUCUUUGAGCAAACCAGAGGGUUGGCUGAAGAAAGAUGACCUAAAACAGUCAGCUGCUGAAUUUUCUUUUGUUUCUGGCUCUAAGCAGAUACACAGCAUUACUCAUUUAUCACAUAGUAUAAAUGAAUUAAACUCAUCUUUCUCCUCUGACACAUCAGAAAUACCUUUACCUGAAACAACAGCUGCAAGCAGAGUUUCUGAGAAUGGAUCAUUAAAUAGGAUUACUGAGGAAUGGACAAAUGCUAAUGAAAAUUCUCCUUUGGAAUCUCAAGACAUAACAUCCUCAUUUGUUAGUUCAGUAGGACCAAGCUCUUCGUUUGUUUGCAUUUCAGCAAAACCUGAUUAUUAUGAACAUUCAACGUCAAAUCAUCCUGAACAAGAACAACUGAAUGAAUUAUCUUCUUACAGGUCUACCACUGAAUGCACACAAACAUUUGGCUGUUUGGAAAGCACCUCCACUGCAGACUGCUUGUCACUGGUACCUGGAAAAGAAGAGGAUUCUCUCCCUACAACUCAUCCAGAGCUGCCAAAAGAUCACAAUCUGGAAAAAGCACCUUUUAUUUCUGUGUUGCCUGUGCAUGUUUUGGAGCAGAGGAAUGGCUGUGUAGAUUCAGAUUUAGAAGAUGAUUUCUUCAGAACUAUUGAAAAAGAUGACCUAGAUGAUGACUACAAUAACUUGACAGAAUCAAAGAUAACAGAUUUGAACACUGGAAGUGCAUCUGUCAAUUCACCUGCUGCUGAAUCUUCCACAGGACUUACUUAUAACAUGGCCUCAACACAGAGUUCUGCAGUAGAACAAGUUCAGUUUGGAAACCAUGUGCAGCUUUUUCCAAGAAGGGAAAUACCAACAUGUUGUGAUGAAGGUUUCUUUCUCAGUAACUUAACAAAUCAGAACUGCUCUCUAGGAAGCGUUUAUGAGCUUCAGGUAUUGGCUAGACAAGGAGCCGAGUCAGCUGUUACGCUAGGUCUUAGGUCUGGGGAGAGUAAUUUGGAAACAAUGCAAGAUACAGAUUAUGAACAAAUACCUGCAGAAGAAAUAACCAUAGACACAGAUUUUUCCUCAAAGAAGGUAACAUAUAAAUGUAACCCUUUAGUUCUAGCUUACAGUGCAAGUUAUGACCAAUCUGCAACACCAGUAGAGUUGUCUCAAAAAGAGAAAAUCUGUAUGGAAACAAGCAUGGAUAGCUUGGCAGAGAUUGUGUCAGAAGCACCUUCAUUCAGAGAUGAUGAAGAAUAUGAACCAAAGGAUCCGGAGUUGUCUUCAUCGAAUCAUUACGAAUUCAAAAGCAAACCUGUUUCAAAAAAUUACUCCCCUGAAUGUGUGCUAGCAGAUGGUCCUGUAGGCUGCUUAUCCCAACAUAUUUCAGAAAAUUCUACAUUGUGCACUGACAAUAUAAGAGCAGAAAGCAGUGAAAGCGAUUCUCAGGUUGUAGUUCAGAAGGACUUUCUACCCAAAUAUAAAAACCUAAUGGUAAAUGAAGCAAGUUACCUCACGGUGAAUGUAAAUGGGAAGGACACUGAGUCCUUCCCUGCUGCUGUUUGUGAGAGUACAAAUAAUUUGCUCCCAGAAUCCAAUUCAAGUGUAUUUUACCAAGCUUCACCAAAAGUUAAUCUUUUUCAAAGUGCUUCUGAGACUGAAAGUUGUGAUAAAUUAUUGGAGCAUGCCACAAUAGUGAAAGGAGAUGGUGAUGCUACACCUAAUCAUACUAUGGAAGUCGGUACCACAAAAAGUUGUUCUGACAUAGAUUCCAAUGACCUUUGUACCACAUGUUCUUCAAAAUCACCAGGGGAAAAAAACAGUAUGUAUAAGCUGACUGACAUUUCUGUGGAAUUUGAUGCAACUAUUCAAUUGGAAACAAAAACAAAGAAUAAAUCUUCACUUGAAUCAAGAGUAGAGAAAGAAGCCUGUUUUGAAAGUGAUUGCCCAGAGGACAUUUUACUUGUUGAAGAUCAUGUAAACUCAGAAUUCGGAGUAUUUGAAUACAACACAAAUAAGUUGGCUACUGUUUCUCAAGAGGAGAGUCUGUAUAUAAACAAAGAAUACAAGUUUUUAAGAAAAACAAAAACUGAUCCAGAAGAAGCUAUGUUUCCUUAUCAGAAUGCAAAAGCCAACACUGAUGAAGAAGAGACAAAGUUGAUGAAUAGUGCAGUCAACUUAGAAAAAAACAUGUUGGAAAUUAAAUCUGGACAGGUAGAAAGUUUACCUGACUACCCAGUACCCAAAGCCCAAAGUGUAACUGCAGAUAGGAGUGCAGAGAAUAAACCUAUUGAUAUUGUAGCUUCUGAAGUUCAGUGUGAGGUUUAUACAAACCUGUGCCUGACACAUGAAGAGGCAGAGAAAGAUGAAUCACAGGUAGGUAGCACUGAUGUGGAACACACUCAGGAAUCAAAAGCAUUCAUGUGUUCUGAUAGCUGUCUGAAAACAAACAGCUUUUGUCCAAAAAAGAAAAGUGAGAAAAUAGAAAUUGCUAUUUAUUCACCGGAGCUUUCUGUUUCUCCCCAAAACGCUCCUUCAGCUGUGUGUUCCCACACAACAGAUGUUACACAGGAUACGUUAGGCUUCCUUGAUGCUUGUGAAGGGCUUUUACAGAUAAACAGAACGACAGAAAAUGUGUUUGAUAUGGAGGACGUAGCUGCAACAGUACUAAUCACAGGUAGGCAAGGAAAUAGUUUAGAAAAAAAUGAAAAGCAAGUAGAGUCUAGCAAUUUACCUGAACAUUUUAUACCAAAUUGCUUACCCCAUGCAAACUUUGACCAGGAAAACAAGGUUAGUGGAUGUGAAGUGACUGAGAGUGAAGAACAAAUUAUCAUGACAAACACUGAGGGACCAACUAUGAAGCACAAAGUCAUAUGCGCAGACAAAAAUGUUUUAUUUCCUGAAGAGUCUUCAGCUCUGCAUCAGAUGAAUUGUGAUAGAGAUGAUGAAGAAGAAAUUUUAAAUCAGUAUGAGAUCCCUGAAAGAUACCUUACAGCUUCAGGACUAGAAGACAAUGUACCGUCAGUAGAUGAUUCACAGUACUGUGAUCCUACUGAAAUGAGGGAAGAUGGUGGCUCAGCGGACCCUGCUACAGAUGCAAGAAACACGGUGAUGACAGAUACUGAUGUAUAUGAGUGUUCAGUUGAUGAUAAUAUUAAUAUUGACAAAUAUACAAUUGGGCAAGAAUCUAAACGUCUCCGCUUUAAAGAGGACAGCCACACAUAUAUGAGUUGCUCUGUGCAAUAUCCUGAGCAUGGCACUUCAGAAAAAUUGAAUGAAAGUAUCAUUAUAAAACGUGAAAUUUGUGGAUUGGAUUCCAUAGGCUCCAGACUUGGUGAUGAGAAAGUGCAUUUGAUGAAUCUAGAACAAAUGGACAAAACAGACAGAGAAAGGCAGAUGUUUUUAGAAAACACAGAGGAGGUAGAACUGAUCAUUCUACAAAACCUCAGUGAACUAUUCCCUGAAAACAAAGAUGGUUGCCAUGAUGACAGCAGAUUAGAUGAAAUCUUAAGAGAAAGCCAGUGGGUGUCUACCAGCUUUUCUGGAAGCAAUGAAGAUACCAGCAAGCAGCAAAAUCCACCAGCAACACUGAAGUCUACUGAAAACAUCCAUGAAGAUUCAGAUAAAGACUCUCUGUGCCAGUCUGUAAAUCAACUUUUCUAUCUUGGAGUAAUUGAUAAUUCUCAUGUUGUUCCAGAUGAUCCCACUACUUUGGAAGGGCAUACAAAACCAUCUAAUAGCUGUGCUGGAACGGGAGCGGUUCUUCCUUACUAUGAAACACUAGUGGAGAAUGAAGUCUGUGUCAGUACUCCAGGUAAAACAGUCAACAAAGAGGGAGCUGACGCAUCUCUUUCUGAUAAAAUUCAAAGUAGAAACGAAGCUUUCCCACAAAACAAGACUGCUCUGGACAGACAGGAGGAAGAACCCGUUGUAUGUAACAAUAUACCCAAUUCUGCACCUGGGCAACCUGUCAGUGAGAACAGCUCUUCUGUGCUCUAUUGUGUGGGCGGCGAUGAAUCUGAAACUGUUGCACUUAAGCAAGGAGCAGAAGAAAAUCCAUUUUCUGUGGAAAAAAUUGAUUCAUCUGAAGAUAAAAUUCAGGAUAAUAGCAACUCCAAUGAAGAACCCAGUGUGGAUUUAAUGGUUAACAACAUAUCAAAAGACUGCUUUAAUUCCAUAGAAGAACGAUUUCAAGAGGAAAAGGAUACCAUCAUGCCUGAUUCACUGCACUUGGAUAAUUCAAACCUGCUUUCUUUUUCAGAGAAAGAAGUGAUGGAAGAUGUAGGGGAAAAAGCAAAGCAUUCUACACAGGAAAUCUCUUCUCAAAAAAUAUUUCACAGCAUUAAUAUGACUGAGAAAGAACUUCACUCAGGGAGUCCAUCACAACAUGAUGACAAGGAGAAAUGCUUAAACACAAGUUGUAGUAUAACAAGCAGUAAAAAUGAUAAUGCAGGGUUUCCUGGUAUAUCUGGGUAUCAGCAUGAGCCAAGAGAAAAUCAGGGACACAGGACUUCAGAAAAGUGCUGUGUAGACUGUCCAGAGAGUGCCAUUUCUGAGAACAUUUCUACCCUUUCAGAAAGUCUGAAAAACUCUCUGUGGGAAAAUCCACAUUCUAAUAAAGAGCUUCUAAAUUACAAGAGCAGCCCUGGUCUCAUGCAUAGCCCAGUAUCAUUUGCAGAAUUUUUGAUUGACAGCAAUGGAGACAAAUGUAAAAAUGAUGCUGUUCUCUCUGAAGAAACGAAAUACUUUGAAAGAGAGUCAACUGAUUUAAGCGUAUCUGUAACUUUUCCUGAUGUUCCUCAAAAAGGAGAUGAAAGGAAUAAUUCUGCAGUAACAGAGGCCACAGAUGCUCAGAAUAAAAAACUCCCUGACGAAGCUGUGGGAACAGAUCAAAAUGGGAAAAUAAUUCAAGGUUCUUUCCAGAAUUGCAAUGAUACUAAAGAAAACAAAAUGCACGAGUACUUAGAGCACUACAGUAACACUUCUAGUAUGACUGUACCAGAAUCGGGCAUGCUUGCUGUUCAAAGCCUACGGGAGAUUGGCAGUAAAGAAUCAAAGUGUCUUCCAGCCUACUUUGCAGAAGAUGCUCCAACAGAUAAACUGUUUCAAAGCUGUAAAAAUUUCAGCGCUUUCAAUACUUGUUUACUUGAUGACUCAAAAUCUCUAAUAUUUAGUCAUCUUGAGGACUCACUUCAGGACCCCAUUUUGACAGAGCAAGUAUCCUCAGGUUCUGCAGAUGUGCAGUCUGUAAAAGAAGAUCUUCCCCAAACAUGUGCAGAAGUUAAUUACCCGUCCUUAACAGCAUUUUCAGAAUCUUCUUCAGCUGCAGAUAUAGACCAUGGUGUAACUGGCACAUGUGGUAUUUCACAUACCAGUAUAUUAAAGCACCCUCCAUUUGCUGUUUUACAAAUGCAAGACACUCAGUCUGAUAAGUCUGUGGUAUUUGAUGAACCAGUACAUGCUUCAGGAAGUAUUUUACUUUCUCUUGCAAAAGAAAACAGGCAUUAUCCAGUAUCAGACACAGACCCUACUUUGUAUGAAAAUUCCACUGUAGAUGUGGAACCUGUAUAUGGAAGUAAUUGUCAACAAUUUGACAAUGAUAUCAAAGUUGAUCAGCACCACUGGGGUAAAGUUCUAGCGCAGAAAGCUUGUACAGAACACACAAAUAAAGUUUCAGAUGACGCUGAUUCUCUGUCAUUACCAUCAUUACCUCUUUGGGAUACUGGAAGGUCAAUUCUGGUUGAAGAGGGACAAAUGAGAAAAAUACUUAACAGAAAUGAGGAACAACUGCAUUCAAGUACUGAGGCUAAACAAUCUGUAGUAGAGAAAAAGCAAAGGAAAACAGUAAAUAGAGAAGCUGAAAAGCAAACUGCAGUAUCUUCAGAUUCUACAAGUGAAUUAAUAGACCCACAAGAUGUAACGGAUACAGAUUUUCCAGGAGAUGUUAACGUGGAUCCUGAACACACGUGCGAUUCAUUUGGUCCAGCAAAGAGCAGAAGCAGUGAUCCCAGACAACUGUAUCACACUGUUUUAGGUUUUGAAAAAAGUCCUGCAGAUCUGCAAGGCAACUGUCAUUAUGUGCCUACAGGUGGUGCUAAUCCAGGUCAAACAAAUACAGAUGCUAGAAAAUGGAUUGUACUUUGCAAAAAUAAUGCAGGUUCAAGUAUUGAUGCUGAUGCAGACAGUUGUUCAACAACAGGAGGUGAUACAAUGAAGAAUGAGACUCUGAAAUCAGAAAGACUGAAGUUUUAUUUAAUGAAUAAUGAAACAAACUCCUUAAAAUUUUUAACAGAAGACCAUGAUUUGCCUACGCAAGAAUCCAAAUUGGUACAAUUCAGGAGCAAAAGGUCAUGGUCUGCUAUCCAGAAUACAAACAGCUGUACACGAAGUGAACAGAGACCUUACCUACAAAGUCAUAGACUAUCAGCCCCAGCUAUUGCUGUGUUCUCUGAUCUAGAUUAUACUUCUGAAGCUUCAUCUAAGGUAGAUCCUUUGUUAUAUUCUGCAUCUAAAUCAUUACAAGAUUUAAAUAUGAGUGUAGAGCCUCCAUCACCAACUGAAGAUGAUCUUCAUGGAGUUGAAAGAUUUUCAAAGCAGGAAUCAAAGAACUUUCUGCAGGUUAAAUCUAAACCCAGAUUUCAGCAAAGAAUGACACAGACUAAGAAGCUUGCAAACUGCGAUCUAAAAAAUGUACAUUAUGCAGCAAGAACCCAAAGCAGCCAGUCUUCAAAAGACAGGACUGUUCAUUCUCCAUCUUUACUGCACACAGCUCACAGCGCUGUGGGUGCAGAAGAAAAUACCCAUUCAAAGAGCAGUUCUGUAGCUCAGUGUAGUGAAGGGAGAGCUGAAGAAGCUGGAUACCAGCCAGGAACAGAUAAGUUUUCACAAGACAAUAAAGAUGCAAUGCAUUUUAAUUCAAGUGAUAUCAACCCAUAUAUUCAUCCGUGGCAACAAGAUGAAUUGUGCAAGAUUGGUUGGAAGCAGUAUGUUUUUGGAAGUGCAAGUGAUGUGUCUUGCAAUCAAAUGCCUUUAAACCUGGACAGUCGUAAAGUUACGAGAUGUUCCAGUGUGGACAAUGGACUGAAUUCUCAGAAUUCUCCUUUUCAUUCUCAUCUCAGUUCAUAUGCUACUGCAAAAGUUUUGUCGAGCACUUUAAGCAGCAUUGAAGGCCUUCAAGGAUGGGAUGUCAGACAAGGCUUCGAAUCUGCUUACUCAAGUGACAAUACCAAGCAGUAUAGCAAUGUAUCCAUUGAAACACCGAAAACUAACACAGAAAAUAACACUGCUGAAUUUGAGAAUCCUUCAGUGCAGCCUGGUAACUCUGCAAUGCAGGUUGAUGAAAUUGUACUGUUAUAUCCUUCUGAGUCAGAAAGGUCUUCUAAAAAAUCACCAGGGAUUACAUGUGAGCAGGGAACACAAACAGUGGCUACAGCAAGGUAUAAAAGGCAGAGAAGACACCAGAGAAGCUACACAGACAUUUCUGCCAGAAAGCAGGAAACAAACAGAGAUUUACUUCAGCAACAUUCUUCUUGGACAAGCAUGCAGAACCUCUCCAUGCACCUGUCACAGCUUAUCCAGAACACUUCUGAGCUAUUGGGAAACCUCUCCCAACAAAAUAUUAUAGAUAAUGAACAAAAUGCCAAAAUAAGCCAAAGAAAAACUGAAGAAGGUGCAAAAGCUGCUAGAUCGGAUAGCUGCACUCAAACUACAGCAGAUAUAGGCACUCAAACUGAGACUUUGGAAGAACCUCGAAGUAAACAUGAAGAAAAACAAGUGCAGGUAAAAAUGGAAAACGAAUUAAGGGCAGCUCAAACAGCAGACUGUGAUUUGGAAGGAGUAGUUGCAGAUGUAGGUAAGAUUCCCAAAAGGAAGGAGGAAACUCUCACUCUUGAAGAAAGAGCACAAGAACAAACAGAGAUGAGAAAUCUGAACAAUCCUGACUUCCAUGACAGUCUUGACAGCAUUUUAGAAGAUUCCUUUAUGCGUCUGCCUUUCUUACCCAGAGCAUCUACUCCAACCUUAGAUUUUCAAAAAACAUCAUUAAAUACACAGCAGAAUGCUGCUUUUGCUAGUACCAGAGUUUCAUCUGUCACAUCAUCUUCACUGAGUUCAGGGAAAGAUGAUUCUUCAUGCACUGUUGUUAGCAGCCCUACUAAUAGCACCUUUCAAUCUCCAGCAUCUUGUACUCUGGAUAAAAGAAGUGUUAAUGAACCAGAGGUUCCAGUAGAAAGAAAACUUCGUUACAAAAAUACACUGUUAGUGGAUAGGGCCUCCUCUCCUAUUCUUACUCUUAGUGCUAGCCCCAAAAGCCAGAAUGCUUUCAGUAAGCCUGCCUGCUCUAUUAAGGAACCUUUGGGAUAUUCCGGUGAUGCUUUAAGUCCCCUUCACAGUCAGAGAAAGCAAAGGUCAGGUCUGCAGUCUGGCAUAGAACCUCACGUGGACAAUUUUUCACAGACUGAAACAGAUAGCGAAUCAAGCACUUCUAGAGACAGCAAGGGUGUAAGAAACACAUCUGGAGGUUUCUCAGAUAAAAAAGCAGCCAAAAAGUUUUUAGGAAAGGAUGGUUCAGAAGAUGUGGAACAACAGCAUAGAUACACUGUUGGCGCACACACUACAAUUUGUGCAAAACGACUGUAUCACUCCAGCAGUAUGUUAGAGGUCUCUGGCCAUACGGAGGUUUUAACAGGUGAUGUUAGAGACUGCAAUCCACUGGCACGUUCACUUCGUUGCACGUACGUCACAGGGGGAGGAAGAGGCUCUUUAGGUGGAAUUAGACAUGAAAAUUAUGUUGGUAAUUCUGAUUCUGCUUUGAUUUACAACUACUCACCUCCAAAAUCUGACUUACUUUUUCAUCAAAAAAGUAGUGCCACGUGUUUAAGUAAGGCAAACAUUAAUGAGUCCUCAGAACCUCUGGUAGAAGCAUCUUCUCUACAAUUUCGUGACUUCUGGAAAAAUGAAAGCAGCUGCCCUCUCCUCUCUGAUAUGAGUGAUGUGCAAACUUCCUUCCAAGAUGACAAUACAAGUUCUGUCACAGAAACUGAAUGUGACACUGAAAUUCCUCUGAACAAAAAUACUUUUGUAAAGCCUUAUAGGCCUCGGAGCUACAGUCUUCGUGACUUACCCAUACACAAUAAAUUCAGCAACUGGUGUGGUGUGAAGGGCAGUCCUCCUCCUUCGUUACUCAGCCUGAGUGGCAGUGUAACUGACUUACAAAGUCAGGCAGAAACUAAGCCUGGAAGCAAACAAGCAAUGGAAAUAGAAGGGAAAUCCCAGCUGUGUGACAGCAGAAGCAGAGAGAUUGAGAGACUUCAGAGAGAACGUGCUCAGAUUAUGUCUGGCAUACACCUGGAUCUGCAUCAGCAUCCCCUUAGUGUGGAACUGACCGAAGCAAAGCUGAAUUACGGCAUUGGGGAAACGGACGCGCUGCUGAGGGUUCUGCAGAGUGGAACUGCAGAUGACCUGAUGGCCAUUCCAGUAAAGCAACAGCUUUAUGAAAGACACAUGAGGACUAUUGAAACCCUGAGGAAGGAAAGAGAAAAAAGGCUGCAAAGAUACCACAGAAGCCGAAGUCUGAGUCCUCAAAAGCAUUUCAGUCUGUUGCAAACACUGGAUGCAAGUCACAGGGAUCUAGAGCUCCCUAGCAGACGCCGAGAGUAUCUGCAGCAGCUGAGAAGAGAUGUGGUGGAAAAUACAAGAGUUCAAGAACCAAAAAGAAGAAGCAUUCAGCACCCUUCAGAGAUUGAACUGAUGCUCAGAGACUAUCAGAGGGCACGAGAGGAAACCAAAACAGAGAUUGCACGAGCUAGGGACAAACUUCGGGAGAGAGCUGAGCAAGAAAAAAGACGUAUAAGGGAGCAAAUAUUUUCUCAGUUACAGAAGGAAGAAGCAAGGCUGAAGACUCUCGCAAGUACAAGCACUUUAUGUACAGAAUCCAGCCUCAGCCUCUCCUCUGGCCCAACGUCUGGUUACAACAGUAGCAAUACUGCUGCCUAUGCUGCCAGUAAACUCAGCAGCUGGGAUGGACAGGUUUCUUCUGGAAAUGUAUUGCUUUCAAGAGAUGCACGAGGUCGUUCAGCUGUUAGAAACAGUCAACUUUAUAUGUUAGAGCAACUACAGAAGGAUUCAACGUUGGAAGCCAGCAGAAUUCAGCCACCCCUUCCUUCUAGUAGCAUCAGCUGUAGGUUCACCCAUGGAUUAACUAUUUCAGUCAGCUCCUCUUCAACAAAAGGAUACGAAGAUUUAGCCAAACAUAUCUUAGCCAAUGCUACCACUGAGGUAAUGGCAGCAUGCUCUCAUAACCUGAGGAAUCUCUACAUGUGCCAAGCAGCAGGUGGUUGGAAAUACCAGUGUACAGAAAAAGAGGUGCUGGUUUACUACAAAGUUUUCCCUUCAGCAACAAAGCAUGGAUUCUUGGGAGCAGGAGUGAUAGAAAGACCUCUCCCAUCUGUGUGGGGACUAGUGAGAGAUCCUGGGAAAAGGCAUCUGUAUGACAGAACCAUCAACACAGCUCGAAUACACAAGAAGGUAACCAGCCACAUCCAGCUGGUGUAUUUAGUGACUGAUACCUCCCUGUGUUACCUAAAGCAACCCCGGGACUUCUGCUGCAUCACUGUAGAAGCCAAAGAGGAGAACUUGUCUGUCUUGGCUAUUCAGUCUGUCUACGAUGCUUCAAUGCCUCACCCUUGUAAAGACGUGGUGAGAGGAGAAAUUCUGCCAAGCGCCUGGAUACUGGAACCUGAUGUAGUGAAUGGAAGAGAGAUCACCAGAGUUAUUUACAUGGCACAGGUGGAUCUUGGUGCUCCAGCUAUCCCAGCAAGGCUCCUGAGUUCCAUUGCAAAGCGCCAGCCUCUGGUCAUUGCUCGACUAGCCCACUUUCUUGCUAGUUAGCAUUUAGAAGAAACCAGAAUAUUUAAGAACAUGUGAAAGAUCAUCAAGAGACGCAAGCAUCCAUAAGGGUAAUGUAACAUACUGGCUCAUAAGACAGGCACAGUCAAACCUUACUUGAGGAGUCUCGUUGGUAACUUUGGACUAUACAAAGGUACAGUUUGGAAAAAAAAGGAUCGUUUUAGCAAAUGCUGCUUAGAAGAAAUCCAGCAAGUUUUUAAUGAGGAACCUGUCUUUCUGGAGACAGAUGUGGAAGAAAUCCCUUUGGAGCAGUUAGGAAGGUGUGCUGCCUCUACCCACAGCAGAGGAAGAGAAUUCUGUUUACAAUAUCCAGGACCUUACAUACAGAAGUGUAUUACUUCGUUUUAGUUUUUGAGGAGUUGUUAUAAAGAUCAAUAUUCUCUCUUCAAGGAAGUUUAAGCAGUGGUGAGAAAAAAGCAAUGGAAACAAUUAAACACAGUAAAAACUUCAAACAGUACACACAUGGCUUGAGAGCUUUUACAAGUUCUUAAGCAGAAGUGCAAGGCCACUUACUGACACUGAGCUAAGUAUCAAAUGCGGAAUUCCUCAAACAGUAAUGAUAUAGUCCACUUGCCAGGCUAAAUGAUUUACUUCCCUUUGAAGGGAGGUCAAAAUCAGCACGAUAUCCACUAGCCACCCUACACCCUGGCUAGAUUUUUCUCAUCUAGUUUGCUGACUACUUCCAGUAGGCAGCGUAGGCUGUUUCAGAUUGCCACUACACUAUGCAGCAAUAUUGGAAAUCACCACACCUCAGGACACAGUUCUACUGCACUGCAGAUUUAGGUGCUUUGAAGUAGAGAAACCAAACUGACAGUUGUGAACAAUAAGACCUUGUCAUUAAUAGGGAAUAGUACUGAGUAAUCAGCUUGUUGCUAGAAUUUCAAUCCCGCAAAGAGAGUAGCUCCAGCACUUUUCCAUAAUGGCUUUUUCCACCUGCCUUUCUAUACUUAAGCACACCCAGAAGCAUUAAGAAUUGAAAAUCUAGCGCAGACCAUGUUCUUACCAUCACGCUUCUGUUCACAACAUGAACAGCUGUCUUCACAGCAGCGAAUAGAGUCUCCCCAUUCAAUUACCUCAUUUCUGUUGAGCUUUGUCCAACAAUCCUGUUGUUAGGCUUUACAUGCUUGGUCACACAUUCCUAAAAUGAAACAAAACCACAAUCAAAUAUCUAAAUAACUUCAUUUAGUUCUUCAGCACAACAGUAAAGAAUCAUUUAGAUAACUAAGCAAUAAAAGCUGCUAUAAUAUUCUUUCUUUAGUUCAAGAAAAGCCGACAUAGUUCAAGAAGCUGUUGCACUUGAGAUUUGUCAAGUGAGAAAUGUGUAUUCAAGCAUCCACCUUACCAUUUGGCCUCUGCUACUUUAACACACUUGCAGUAAGAGACAUAUUUCCCCAGCACACAAUGAAGCUAGUUGCACUUCUCACCUUUGUGUCACAAGCCGAGAUCUACUUUUAACUAUAACUUUGCACAGGCGUAAUUUUGGCUCUCAGCUUCUACGUUACUUCCUGUCAUGAAUAGAUUAAGUUUUAAAACAGAAGAUGGUAGCUGUUUUAAAUUGAUAUUUAAGAAAAUAGCAGUUUUGAGGCAUACCAGCAAGGCUCUUUCCCCCGCCCUUCCCCAGACUAUACCAGGUAGGAAAAUAGAUUUCACUUUAUAAAUUUGCUUUGCUUUCAUCUUUAGGUGGUCCUGGUUAAAAGUUACCACCACUAUAUUACCAUGCCCUUUUGAAGAGGCUCAGCCUUUUCUUAAAAGCCUGCCAAAUUGAGUCAUGGCACGGUUUGCUUCCAGCGUUAUGCAUCUUCCGUGGCCCCAGCAGCUGCACAAAAAGACAGCUUUCCACAUUUGGGACCUGUCAUACCUUUCUGUGGGAAGCAAAAAAUAAAAAAAUAAAAUAAAAAAAAAAAAGAAGAUUGUAUAAGGCAAUAUAUAAAAGCCCUAGAAAAAGUGAGUGGAAACUGCAGCACAGGGUAUUGGCUCCGUCCCCUGUGCUGCUUCCAACAGAUUUCAGGCAGAGGUGAGGGAGGUCUUCAUACAUUCUACAGGAGAUUUGCUCAGUGCUUCGCUUCUUUUCUUUUAUUUUAGACAUGGCACUAGUGUUAAAGUAGUUUUGUAGGAAAAACAUCAAGGGGGACUCCUGUUGGUUGAUACCAGUGCCUAUGAAGGAUAAUGUCUUAUUGUACAGUGCAUCAGAUGUUUAUUUUUAUAUAUACAUAAGAUUGUUUUUUCUAUGUUUACAAAUUAAGUUAUUUAUAUAUGCUUGUUUUGAAACGUUUUUAUAUGCUAUCAAAGCUAAUUUUUAUUUUUAUCGGUAUUAAUGUAACUUUUUUUUAAUACAAUCUUCACUUGAUACUAAAAAGCCUAUUUAUAUGAAUGUUUUCAUUUGCAAAUAUAACAUUUUAUGGUACCUGUUACGUAUGGCAUUGGUUUGUUUGGAAGGAAGAAAUAAAAACCUAGCAGAUACCUAAUCUGUUAAUCUACAAUGGGAAAAACCCAACUUCCUGUAAAUUACUGCUGAGCAGUAGAUGAUCAGACCAAGUGUCUUGUACCACCUACUGUUGCAUCUCUGCUCUUAAUCAAGAUUGCUAUUUUCAUAUUCACAAUAAAUGGUAUUUUCUACACAAGAAA